AUGCUGUCGAGUCGUUUAAUACCGCGGACCGCUGUCCGAUCAGCCCUCCGUUCGCAGUCAUCCCUACCCACAGUCCUCUCCCCCGUAUCACGAUGGCGCAGGGGUUACGCCUCGCAGGCAGAGGAGAAGGACCUCGUCAUCAUCGGUGGUGGCGUCGCCGGAUACGUCGCAGCUAUUAAGGCCGGCCAGGAGGGACUCAAGGUCACCUGCAUCGAGAAGCGCGGCAUGCUCGGCGGCACCUGUCUCAACGUCGGCUGCAUCCCCUCGAAAUCUCUCCUCAACAACUCCCACCUGUAUCACCAGAUCCUCCACGACACCAAGAACCGCGGUAUCGAAGUCGGCGAUGUCAAGCUCAACCUGCAGGCCAUGAUGAAGGCCAAGGACACCUCGGUCACCGGCCUGACCAAGGGUAUCGAAUUCCUCUUCAAGAAGAACGGCGUCGAGUACAUCAAGGGCACCGGAGCCUUCGCCAGCGAGCACGAGGUCAAGGUCGCGCUCAACGACGGCGGUGAGACCAGCGUCAUCGGCAAGAACAUCCUCAUCGCCACCGGCAGCGAGUCCACCCCCUUCCCCGGCCUCGAGUUCGACGAGAAGCGCGUCGUCACGAGCACCGGCGCCCUGUCCCUCGAGAAGGUCCCCGAGAAGAUGAUCGUCAUCGGAGGUGGUAUCAUCGGUCUGGAGAUGGGCUCUGUCUGGUCGAGACUGGGCGCCAAGGUGACCGUCGUCGAAUUCCUCGACCAGAUUGGCGGCCCCGGCAUGGACAACGAGAUUGCCAAGCAGACGCUCAAGCUCCUGAAGAAGCAGGGCAUGGAGUUCAAGCUCGGCACCAAGGUGGUCAGCGGUGACAACAGUGGCGAGACCGUCAAGCUUGAGGUCGACUCCGCCAAGGGGGGCAAGUCCGAGACGCUUGAUGCCGACGUCGUCCUCGUCGCUAUUGGCCGUCGCCCCUACACGGCCGGCCUCGGCCUCGAGAACGUCGGUCUCGAGGUUGACGAGCGCGGCCGUGUUGUCAUCGACUCGGAAUACCGCACCAAGGCGUCGCACAUCCGAUGCAUUGGCGACUGCACGUUCGGCCCCAUGCUGGCUCACAAGGCCGAGGAGGAGGCGGUCGCGGCGGUCGAGUACAUCAAGAAGGGCUACGGACACGUCAACUACGGGGUGAUCCCGUCGGUCAUGUACACGCACCCCGAGGUGGCGUGGGUCGGGCAGAGCGAGCAGGACCUGAAGAAGGACAACAUCCCCUACAAGAUCGGCACGUUCCCCUUCAGCGCCAACUCGCGCGCCAAGACCAACCUCGACACGGAGGGCAUGGUCAAGAUGAUCGCCGACCCCGAGACGGACCGGCUGCUGGGCUGCCACAUCAUCGGCCCCAACGCCGGCGAGAUGAUUGCCGAGGCUACGCUGGCGCUCGAGUACGGCGCGUCGACAGAGGACAUUGCGCGCACAUGUCACGCUCACCCGACGCUGGCCGAGGCGUUCAAAGAGGCGGCCAUGGCCACGUACUCGAAAGCCAUCCACUACUAA